AUGCCUAGCUCCAUACCCUACGACCCGAGUCUGGUGUUGAUGAGCGUGGUGAGCGAGGAGGCACUGGCGAAUGUCGAAGCCAUCUCAAAGUUGCAAGCCCCUGUCGACGCCGCUCACGAUGCUCUCAACUCUCUCAUCUCGUCCAAGAGAGGUCUGACGAUGACCAAGACCGAACUCAGAAACCUUGGCAUCAAGACUGAUGCUCUGGACGAGGAGCUGAAGAAGCUGAACGACGCCGUGGAGAAGGCCGCGGUCACGUAUGCAGCUGCCAGAAUGGCGGCCGAGCCUCAGAUCCAGCAACUGCGUCAGAAGAUACAUUCGGUUCACAAGCAGAUCGAAAGCCCUGUCGACUACCUGCGCAGCGAGAUCAAGACAAUGCCACUUGCCGCCGACACCAUGAACAUGGAUGUUCAGUAUUUCUCCUUCGACUCAAACUCGCAGAACUCGUCUGCCUACAGCGCCCAGAUCGCCUCGUACGUGUCGGGCGCCGUCAGCGGCGUCUUUGGCACCGACCAGUCCAUGAAGAUCGGCACCGCAGCUUCGAGUCAGGUCAGCCGGCAAGUGAAAUCGCACAGCAUCGAGGGUACCCUCGUGCUGUCUGUGAGCUGCACGCACAAGAACGCAUCGAUCGUGGCCCCUUUCGUGAUGCACGUCGACAAGGCCAUCAAGGUGUGGAACCAUCUCUACCCCGGCAAGAAGCUGGAUCCUACGAGCGGCAGCAGCAUGAUGAAGUGUGCCAUGAACGAGAGCCAAGAAGACAAGGAGAAAUUCUCCAUCAUCUCCGGCACCACCUUUGGAUCGAGCUUCAUCGGCAUGGUCCACAUUCUCAACUCCACGCAGACCUCUGCCUCUGAGACCAUGGAGGCCGCGGCCAUGUCCAUGCAGCGCACCAUGGACACGGGUGCCUGGUUUGCCAGAGCUGAGGGUAAAGUAGGCGUCAACGCCAAGUUUGCCAGCGACGUCAAGAACCUCCUCAGUCAGCAGAACGUCCAGUCUCACGUGACAGUCCUGACGAUGGGCGUGAUUCCCUCGAUGGUUGCCAACUUGGUCUCAAAGACGGCCGAGAAGUUUGCCGAUUUUGACCCAAGCGCCAACAUGGCAGCCGUCGCCGCCAUCCAGAACGCCACCUCAUCAGAGCAGUCCACGGUGCAAUCCAUGGCCGAGGCUUCGCGAACGAGUGGACAGGCCUCCGAGAUGCAAGGCAAGGCUAUUGAGUCCUCGCUGAGCGCGUUGGCGGUCAUCGAUGGGGAGAAGAACAAAGUCCUGGACGUCAACUCGAUGAUGACGGCGCUGGAGGACUAUCUGAAGAAAGCCUCCGAGGGAGACUCCGGCGUUCCCAUCAACUACUACCUGAAGGAUAUUGAUCAGAAGAUGCUGGCGCAGAUGUGGGCUGCCAAGUACUACCCUGGGAAGUUCAUGUCUAUUAAGUACGACGACACCGAAGCUGAAGGUGGCCAGGAAAAGGCGAAGCUGUGA